AGCCACAUCAUGUGAUCUGGAGCUGCAGUACAAACUUCCCUUCAGCUAAACAGGACAGCAGCUGCAGACGGCUGUACAACAAAAAACUUAAGAAGGUAAAAUUGAAAACUAUUUUUGCAGAGAUACUUAAAUUUUUGUUUAAAAAUAAAGGUUAAAUUUGUCGUAGAUGUCUCACGUUUGGUUCACCGUGUCGAGACACGGUGCAUAAAGCUAUAUAUUCGUCUGGUUGAGCUCAGCUGUCAACUUUUCAGUAGGCUUAGAUGCUGAUAGAUGUUGGUGAGCUUUAGAAUAUAGGCAAGUUUCAUGUGCAGCUAUCUGAUAACAGAGCCCGAAGAGUAUUUAGGACUGUCUCUGUUUUUGUCCAUGUGUCAAAUUUCAUAUGCUGCGCAUUAAAUUCAUUACUGAAAAGCCUAUCUGAGAAAUUGGUCAUUCCAAUGUGUGGUAGAGUCUAAACUAGCCUAAUCCCAACUGCUUUAGAGUUAAUUUGAUUUUUUUUAAUUAAAUUUUGAAUCACAUGUGAUCAUAAAAAAAGUUUUUUUUAUAGCCAUUGACUAUAUAAAUGCUGCAAUUAAAAUGCAGAAAUAAUAUUUUUAUAAAGGAAAAAUGUCACUUUUUCCACUUAUAGCAGUUUCAUUGAACUGAAAGUGAUCAGCCGAAUUUUAGUCUUGUCUAAAUGAUGAUGUACUCAUCAAUUUUCACUUCUCUAAAAUGUCCCCAUAAACGAGGAUUCACUAAAAUAAAAAAAAUGAAUGGACUUUGGCUCUACUAAUUGAUUAUCCUUUAAGUUUUUUUCUGAAAAUAGUAACGUUUUGAGAUGGCAUAUAUUGUAGCACAUUAUAUCAACAGGUACUGAAUUUUUCUUUCUCUAUUGACGAAAUUCUAGUCACGAAUAUGCUUCAUAACGGGACAUUUUUUCAGUUGAGAUUAAAAAAAGGAUUUGGCAGUUUUGACGGAUUAGUGGCAGGUCCAAAAUUUUAAUAGUAAGGACUGACAGAAGCGAGUAUUUUUUCUUUUAUCCAAUGUUUUCAAGUUUCUAUGUCUUAGUUUUUAAAACUAACAUUUUUUGUAUUCUUUUAUAUACUUAAAUUACUAAAAAUCACUUGUAUUACCUAUUUUAUUUGUAUUUCAUAUGUUUGUAAUUAGCUAAAACGUCCUCCCGUUUGGGUCGAUGGCUGUUGAGGUAGAUGACGUCACGUAAACAUGGCGGCGCACAGAGAGGAGUUGUAGCACAGUAAGUGGAGAAAAUAACGCUUAAAGUCACGCUGUAAGGAUAUAGAUUUGCAAACUCUCACAUGACUUAAUACUGAAAUCUGCUGGACUUGCAGAAACAAGGUAACGCUAUCCUUGUUAACUGUCAAACUGUCAUCGUCCAGAGUCCAGACGCGUCGCCCACUUCCUUGUUUUCCUCUGGAGCAGCUGAGGUCUUUAACUUUCAUUUUGGAUUAAAGGGACACCUGAUAACGUGGAGAAUGCUGCAUUAUUCUUGCGCUCAGUUUUUGGCUCUGUUUUGCUCCUCUGUGCUACGUUUUUUGAGAGUUAAAUGCAUUUUAGCAUUUACAGUGUGCUUAAGUCCUCUUUUCCCGUAUGUCCUUCAGCAGCAAUGAUCACAGUCUAAAGAGCAUAAACAUCCGUAUGGGCAGCAGGCACGAUAAAGGAGCUGAAGAUGGACAGCAAAGUCUCACUGAUCCUCCAUCUGGACACUCCAUCACUCCUGGGGAUCUCCUGGACCAAAAUGCCUCCCCCACACCCAAGUUUGUCUACCUGCUGGCCUUUUUCUCUGCCCUGGGAGGAUUCCUCUUCGGGUAUGACACCGGUGUGGUGUCAGGGGCUAUGCUGCUCCUCAAGAAGGAGAUGAACUUGGACACCCUGUGGCAGGAGCUGCUGGUUUCAAGUACUGUAGGGGCUGCAGCUAUCUCUGCCCUGAGUGGAGGAUUCCUGAAUGGAUGGUUUGGGCGCAGAAUCUGCAUCCUUCUGGCCAGUUUCAUCUUCACUGUCGGUGGUGUCACCAUGGGUGUAGCCCCAAAUAAGGAGGUACUUCUUGUGGGAAGAAUCACAGUUGGUUUGGGCAUAGGUAAGUUGACAUCUGGGAGUUAUGAAAAGGUUUUUUUUAUUACAUAUUUACCCAAGUCAAGCAGAGCGAUAGAGUAUGCAUACAUUGUUUAAAAAAUGAGUAUAAACCAAUCUAAUGACAAUGUAGCGACUGCUUUCCUUCAACAAAAAAGGCCACUGGUGUUUAGGUUCGCUUGCAUCUGUGACUCGUUCAAUUAUCAGUCUAGUUUGAGUGUUAAAAAAGUAAUUUAUUGUUCAAAAAAGGAAAGAAAACAUGCUGAUCCAGGUCCAAAACCUUUGCCUUGAAAUGAAAAAAAGGUGACAUGCUGAAAUGAUGUUAAAACAGGAUGAGUGGAACGGUGAAAAACGGUCAACAGAAAAUUAUCUGAGCUUGCGGCAACCAUUGUCUGACCGGUGAGAUCUAAAUAACCUGCCAAACAUCCCAAAACCACACCCCUCAGUGAUGAUCCCCGUAAGUGGUUCACCUGGAAACUUUCAAACAUAACAUAAUGAGUUUUUUUUAUGCAGAUAAACAGAACCGUGUCAACUGUGUUUAAAUUCCCCAUACUCACAAAGCUUUAUCACUUAUAAUGAAGAAAUUCGUUAUUAAAGCAAUUGAGGACAAGGUGCACACCUUCAUCACUCGAGUCAAAGUUUAGUAAACUUGGUCAAGUGUUCCUUCAUUACAAAAGAAAGUUAUCCAGUCAAAUCAGUACUUUAGGCAAAGGACUGACUACUUUCUUUUAAAUGUUCUGAAGUCACUGCGUAAAAAAAAAAAUCACAGUGCAUGAGCCCAGUUGUGCCUCGACUCUUUUAUUGGAUUUAUUUACAUAAUAUUUACACUUACAUGUUAUAGACUGUCUUAUAUGAGUGACUUUUGUCCUGUGCUUGCCCUGUGUUCAAGUAUGGAGCUAGAUACAGGUCCAUCAACAUAACUUAGACAAACCAUAUGCUAGACUGCAGUAUUUUUUCAAAUAAUACCAUAGACUGUAUAUAGAGUCUAUGGAUAAUACAAGCCAUUAGUGUCUGGCUCCUGCGAACUUGACUUUUGAAUUCAUCCAGUCAGGAAAGCAUCAAACUCUGCAGUGAAGUCAGUCAGCUCUAGUCUCAUAAUGACCUGAUCUGGCUCUGACAUGUAAACUCCAGGUGAUUACACUGAGACCUGUUGAAAACUUUCAAAAUUAAGGACAGAAAAAAAGGCCAUUGGUAAAAAGGGGGACAUUUUUUUAAACUUCCACCCUCAUUACAGAGGUGCCGCCCCCAAAUACCACCAUUUCCAUCAGUUCUAUUCAAAUAUUCUGCUGUAUAUGGAGCUGUCUGAUCUUGGCUCUGAAUUUUAACCUGUGUAGCUGGUUUAUGAAUACAAACUCUGCCUUACCUGUUUUUCUAGCACAUCAUGUGAUAAAGCUCUGAAAGGUUCUCCUGCCACACAAUCUCUUGGUCCCUAUUGAACAUUUGCAGCCUUAUCGUGUUUUAUGUAAUUAUACCCUUAAUUUGUUCCUCAUCAGGCAUCGCCUCCAUGACAGUUCCGGUUUACAUCGCUGAAGUUUCCCCUCCUCACCAGAGAGGCCAGCUCGUCACUGUCAACUCGCUCUUCAUCACUGGUGGUCAGUUUAUAGCCAGUGUGGUUGAUGGAGCUUUCAGCUUCAUGAAACAUGACGGCUGGAGGUAUGCAACAGUUUUUACCUUAUAGCAAACCAACAGAUCACUCAUAGUGUUCAUAGUCUGUCCAUUAUGCAGCUUCAGUUCUUUUACUCCCUACAUACAGUGAAUUAAGGUGCUGCUGAGUCAUGUGAAUGUUUGGAAAACCACCAAUGCAUGAAAUCUCUGGUAAAAACAGACCUAAAGUAUAAAAAUCCACCUUUGUUCUUUGGUUGAUUUCUCAUGUUUCUUGAUUAGUUCCCACAAGAUUAUACAAGAUAUUUAUCUGGUGAAAUCAGCUUCUGUCUAAAACAAACCAAGUGACUCAAAAUUGCGGUUAAACAAUCUCCCUUUUUUUUCCUUCACAUAUUCUUAUCUCCUCCUUUCCUCCAUACGUUAGGUAUAUGUUGGGUUUGUCCGUCGUCCCCGCCAUCCUCCAGUUUGUAGGUUUCUGCUUCCUGCCCGAGAGUCCACGCUGGCUCCUCCAGAAAGGCCAGAGGGAAGAGGCUCGUCAAAUCCUCAGUCAGAUCCGAGGCGACCACGCCGUUGAUGAGGAGUUCGAUACCAUCAAAGCCAGUAUUGAGGAGGAGGAGAGAGAGGCGGGUGGAGGUGACGAAGCUUCAUUGGUGUGACACAAAAGGACAAAUAUUCAAACCCAAAUCAGAAAUAUGAGUAAAAGUUUACGUUUUCAACAGUAUCUUCUGUUUUCGUUUUGUAGAUGGCUUUAUUUUAAUGCGGAUCCUCAACCACGGUCCAACUCGCAGGGCUCUAAUUGUCGGCUGUGGGCUUCAAAUGUUCCAGCAGUUAUCUGGAAUUAACACAGUCAUGUAGGUCCUCAUUUGAUCUCAUUAUGGCUCCCGCAUGGUUAUCUCCUGCAUUCUGAAGUGAUAGCUAAAACGGUGAAUCCAAACCUGACCUAUCUAUUCAAAAUACCUCUGAUUUGGUUUCAGGGAAUGUAAAUUGAUUCCUCUUGUCUUAUCUAGGUACUACAGUGCAACCAUCCUGCAGAUGGGAGGGGUACGAGAUGUGAAACAGGCUAUCUGGUUGGCCGCUGCAACUUCUGCCAGCAACUUUGUGUUCACCAUGCUUGGAGUGUGGCUUGUGGAGCGCGUGGGCCGCAGGAAGCUGACCCUGGGCAGCCUUUUCGGUUUGUAAUUGAAGGCAUUACUUCAUUAAUAAGUGAGCGAUGACUUCUCUUAGCUCUACAUCAAAGGGUCCUAAAGCCCUCUGUGUGUGUGUGUAUGACAUUUCCUCUGAGUCUGUCAGAGCUUUGGGCCGCCCCACUGUCAGAUCUAAAAGUGAGUGAGGGAACUUUUCAGACUUUUUGAGCCCCACAUGCACUCUUCCCAUGAGUGAGCGUAUCUGCAGACUCUGAUCUCCAAGAGAUGAUGCUGGUCAGAGUGCUCUUCUCUGAUUGCUGCUGUCUGCAUCAUUAGCGAAUCAGCACUUCUUCAAAUGCAACAUAUUAGUAUCAUGAUUACCAAAAGAGGAUGACUACAACUCCCAUGAGCCCCCACUACUGUGCAACUCCACUGAACAAUCCUGCUUGUAAAUGACUGAACCAUUUUACAUGACUGUGAUUAUUUUAGGCAGUGAUUUAUAUUUAACAUUCACAACAAAAGAUACGUUUUUAAUUGAGUUAUUUCUGCUCUGUGUUUUGUUUGUUUAUUGAGACCCAAAUUUCUGUUGUAGUUUUUAUUGUGUAAACAAAAGACAAUUGAGUCUUAGAGUUUUCAGUGUCUUAAUUCUCUCCGAUGCAGGUACUGGUCUGAGUCUGACUUUACUGGCGGUCGGGUUCUUACUCGCUGCUCAAAGUUCUUCUCCUGUCACCCUCCACCCGGCCGUCCCUCUGAACUCGACCUGCGGACAUUACGAGUAAGAGAACACACUGAAGCUAAAUAGCAUUUUUUAGAUAAAAAUCACAAACUAAUAAAUAUUUUUAGGUAUUUGUUGUAUUUUUAAACUUUUUAUUUAGUUGUUUUAAAAUGCAUGAACAAAAACAAGAACAUUAUUUAUUUUUUACAACAGCAAGCUAAAUUUAACACAAUAACCAGUCCUUCUUUUCAAGAGACAUAAUUAUUAAUCAAAGCAAAAUACUGGACUUUGACAUAAUCAGGGUCAAUUUAACCUUAAAUUUCACUCCUGUAAUGAUUCUACUGAAGAUCCCUUAGUGUUUUUCUAUGUCUUUGCUCUGCUGCCUUUCCACACACUGAUGUAAAAUCUCAGUAUCUUUAUUGUUAUCACUGCUGACACAGCGGUACACAUACCUGACUCUGUUUCACACUGAAAUCCUCAGUUUGCUUUGUUUGUGCGUGUAUGUUUAGAUAAUGAGAUGCUGUAAAUCCACUUCUGUCCUGCAGGUUUUGCGAGCCCUGCAUGUUGGAUCCAGGUUGUGGAUUUUGUUUUCUGGAGAACGGCACCACAGUGUACGACUCCUCCUGCGUCCCCGUCAAUGAAACGUCCAAAGACCGCGCCGCCUGGGGAAGGUCAGACUCUCACAUGAGACGUUGAGCAGUAUUUGUGGUAUAGAUCCAUAACAGAUAAAGUCCCUAAAACUCAGAAAAAAAGGUGUUUGUAAUUUUAGAGAGGGUUGCUAUUAUCUUUCUUUAAAACAGGUCUUCCACAAGUUAUUCAGACUCGGUGUUUUCAGCUAGAUUUUUAACAACAACUAUCAAUUAAAUCUCCAGAUGCAACUUGUCUUAAAUUCAGGUGUUCCAACCAGACAGAGGAGACUGCCAGUCCGAUUUGGGCCUACAACUACUGUCCCACAUCGUAUUCCUGGGUCAUCCUGAUGGGCCUCAUGCUCUACCUUGCAUUCUUCGCUCCAGGUACAAAAAAAAAAAAAAAUUUUUAAGCAGUCCCCCAAUCAAUCUCAAGCAGGAAGUAUGUCUGUCCACUUUUUUAAAAAUUUAAAAUGUUCAUAACUAAACAAAACUUAAUUAUUACAGUUUUUUUCUGCCUCAAAGAUUUAAGAAGUCGAAAAAGAGGUUUUUAUCAAGAAAAGUUCCCAUGGCAGCAAUAUAGAAUAAUAGUUCCAGCAGGGGAAGCAGCAGUGAUCUGUUCACCUGACUCUAUCUGUGAGUGCUGUUAAAUGACCAGGAGGGGGCAGUAUGACAAACUAAAUGACGUCAAGGGUGGCCACUUUGAUAAAAGAUGUUGGGACAUAGAAAAAAAUCAUUUCAAUGAUAAAGAAAAACCUGUACUUGUCCUUUAUGCUUUUGCGUUAAGCUGCCCAAACCAACAGCUGAUCACGACAAAUAAGGAAUACCUGAUGGAUUUGACCAGAGGAAAGAAAAACACGUGUUAUUUGUGGAAAUGUUAGAUAACGCCUCUUUCUGUGUCAGGAAUGGGCACCAUGCCUUGGACAGUAAACUCCGAGAUCUUCCCACUGUGGGCGCGCAGCACCGGAAACGCCUGUUCAGCCGGGGUCAACUGGAUCUUUAAUGUCCUGGUGUCUCUGACGUUCCUUCAUGUUGCUGAGUUUCUCACCUAUUAUGGUAAGACUUCACCAGGAAGUCUGCUUUCCUUUUUAGAGCAUGAAAUAGAGUGUAAGUUUGGCUACAGUAUUGUCCAAUAUGUGAAUGUCUCCCUCAGGGGCGUUCUUCAUGUACACCGGCCUGGUGGUAUUAGGUAUCGUCUUUGUCUACGGCUGCCUCCCAGAGACCAAGGGCCUGCAGCUGGAGGACAUUGAGAACCUGUUCAUGGGUCCACUCUGCUCCUGUGGAACCUCCUCGCCCAACGAUCACCGCCACGUCCAGUACAUCCGGGUAAAAGGAAACAACUACCUCCCCUCUGACAACGAGGCGUCUGACGUAGAGUAGUCUGGGAACAUUUCUCUCUGCUCUCUGUCCUUUUGGUGUUACGGGGAGGAGAGGGGCUCUCGCUGCCCCCUGGUGGCUGUGGUGAACAUGAACAAAAAAGACUCUUUCCCCUCACUCAGGUGACUUCAUCUCAGCGUUUCUUUGCCUCACCUGGGAGUUUUAUUCUUUUGUGUCUUUUUUCUCCUGUCUUCUGUCAUUCCCUCGUCAUCACAAAACAGGAAUAUUGAACUAAAACAUUCCAGGGUGGAAUUUGGGAGAAGGGGUCAUGUACAGAGCUAAAUGAUUAAUUAAUAAUCCAGCCAGAAAGAUCUUCUACCAUAUUUUUAAAAACAAUCAACAUGAACAAUCGGGAUUGAGUUUUAUUUUCCUAGCUGAAGUUUUCUAUAAACAAGUUUCUAUUUUUGUCUGUGAAUUCUGCUCUCUCUCUCUCUCUCUCUCUCUCUCUCUCUCUCUCUCUCUCUCUCUCUCUCUCUCUCUCUCUCUCUCUCUCUCCAUUUCCUUAUUUUUAACACUAUGAGAUUUUAUAUUUUUAUGUGUAAUGAGGAUUUAUUUUGCAUGAUUGCCUUCUGAACAUUCACUUUUAUAAGGUACUCUAAAAUUGCACAACAAAACUAGUAAAAGCAGCAAGAAUGUGUUUGUAGACAUAAAUUAAAGGGAUAGUCCGCAUCUUUCUUUUCUGUUUUGGAAGUGUGUAUGAGGUACAUAUCAAUACUAAGGGAAUUACCUCUAACAAACUCACUUAAAGAUAAUCAGGACUAUCUCUUUAAUGACCCGUAGUUUUAGAUUCAAGAAGAUUUCACAUUUUUGUGACCAGAUUAGACAUAUCUAAUUCCGGAGUGUUAUAGACUCUGUUCAAACACAUUCCUGUUAAAAAAAACUUCCAUUCAAAGGUUGAAUCUUCAAUCUGGGCUGGUGUGGACUGAUAACUUUAAACGUGGGUUGCUGCUAUAGUGUGAAAGGGUGAAGGUAUUGCACUUUAAAAACCAAAAAAGUGUCUUUGUUUCUUUUUUAAGAUAAAUAUUUUAUAGAUAACUAGAAUAAGUUGCUCAAAUCUACAAUUUUUUAGAACUCUUCAGAAGUCAGAUCAACACAGUACGGAGCGAUGGAGACAGAGAGUGAUAUAUCCUAUAUAUCUGUAAGUACAGCAUCAAGGUGAAAAAUGCACUAAUAUCUCUUCCUGUCAUGCUUCAGUCAUGUUUCAUAUGCAUUCUUUAUUUUUUUAUACAUUUGUCUUCGCAGCUGAAAUGAUGUCGACCCCUGAACAACUUCCUCACAGAGCUUCAUCCGUCUUACUCACUUAACACAGAAUCAACUUUUUUUUGUUGCUCCUUCAAACCCUACAACAGGUUUCUUAUUUAAAGUCUUCUUUUGAUGUGGUCUCGUUUUUAUGCUAUUUAUCGGCAACCUGCAGAAUGUUUUAUUGAGGAACAGUCAGCCUCAUUUGUUGCUUUCAGAAAAGUCUUUGCAGCUUUGAACCUGCUGUGCUAUUGCAGAGGGUAAGCAGGAAACUAGUUAUCGUAUGUGGCCACAAAAAGGAUGCACAGAAUGCUAUUACUCCUGCUUCCUACUGAAAGCCUCUGCAAAUAAUCUUUGAAAUAUUUAUUCUUCUUAGAGCUAUGCAUAGUUUCCUUUUUGACCUUUAUGCAACCUUGCCUUGCAAAUUUGCCAUCCUAAAGACUGACCAAGUCAUGAGGCACAGCUUUUGUUUUUGUUGCUUUUGGAGAACAGGUUUCCUACAGUCAUUAGGGAAUGAGUAAAGUAAAUCUGGGACGAAAAAAAAAAUGUGCAAACAUCAAGAUCUGUGACUCCAUCAUGUAAUCUCAUGAACAGAAUAAUAACAGUGAUAUUUAUUAGCUUCUAAUCACGUUAAUUUUUAUGUGUGUAAUUAUUCACUAUUGUACAAGAAGCGGCACUUUGUAUUGUAAACUGUUCAGAUGUUUUAAAUACUGAUGCUUCUUCAGUAGGACAAUCGCGAUAUUUUUAAAGGUCAGAUUUAUUUUGCCCAACAAGAAAUGAAGUGUGUUCAUUUUAAUUUCAACAAUGUUUUAACAGUUCAAUUCCAUGUAUGACUGAUCAAAUAUGUUCAAUACGUUAUUUAGAAAGUGAAUAUUAACACACUUUAACUGCAAAACUUGAAGAAUUAGUUUUUUUGUAGUGUUGCAGAACUCAGCAGUGAAACAGUAUUUUCAACUAAAACACUCUCAGUUCCCCAAAUAUUCACAACAAUAUGUACAAGGGUUAUGGAGGAAAAGCUGUGAGAAGAAUCAGAGCAAAUAAAAGGUCAAAAAAAGCAUUGGAAUAGUAGUGAUGUUAACUGGAUGAUAGUGUGGUAUUUGGGGAGGUGGGGAGUUGGGGCAUCAUUAACGAAGCUGGUAGCAGAUGGGUAGAAACUGUUCUCAUGGGACUGUGGCCUCAUGCAUGAAGGCAUGAGUCUGGGAAAUCCUUGGUAAUAGAGGUCAGCCACAAUCUUACCUGCACACCUCAGGAUCCUGGGGGCGCACGGGCCUUGAGGAGAUGACGGAUUACGCUCAAUCCUGCUUUCUGCAGAGCUUUUGUCCUUGUCAGUUGCCGCAGUGUGUUAGACUGAAAGAGAAGGUGAGGGGGGACAUAGUGAUGGUGGUGCAGAGGUGCACCAUUAGGUUGAAUUUCUCCAGGAGGUCAUCCUUCACUGUGCUUUUUUUAAUGAUGUUCAGCUUCCUCAUGAGGUCCUGGGUAAUGAUGGUCUCAAGGAUGUGGAGGUGAUUCACAGUGGGAAUAGGCUGGGUACAGAGGGUGAUGGAAAAUAAUCAUAAUCUCAUAUGUCUCAAAUAAACACUCAAGAAUAUA